AUGAGUCGCAGCAGCCAGCAAGUGGAUUCUCAUCGACAUAUACCUCAUGAUCCCAUGACCAGGACACUUGCGCAGGCAGAUAUAGGGGUUGCGAAACAGGAGUCUCCAAGACAGAAAGUUUGCAAUGCAUGCCGUCGCAAGAAACAGAGUGGCGACCUCGGUGCGAUGCUCAAAUGCUCUAUGUGCCGAGAGCGACGCGCUUCUAGUACGCGCAAUGAGGAGAGAUACAGAGCAGAUAUGAGAAGGCGUGUGAUGAUCAACCGACUGGAAACGAACAUCGAACGAAUGGAAUCUCGAUUACAUGAUAUGGGGCUUAGACUGAGCGAGAGUAGCACAAGUACUACUCAAGAAUUUCUGUGCUCAAAUGCCCCUGUGUUAGAACACUCCGAUAAGAUUACCGCAAGUGACCCGGAUUUUGCAAGUUUUUACGCUGGCCGGGAGCCAAACCGCGUGAGCACUACUAGCAGUGCUGAUGCUAAUCCAGGCAUAUUAUUCUCAACUAAAAAAGUAGAGAACUGGCCGCCGUGUCUUGCAUCUUUUUUGAUUCCGCGGUCGUUGGUCGAAGCACCACUUGCGAGAGGCUUCUCGGCUAUCUCUCAAAAAGGGAUGGAGUGGAUAUCUCAGAAAGCUGGAAACGUAUCGUUAGAGAACCUCUCUUCAUUACUGUCCGCGAAAGAUCUUGAUGAAAAUGCAACCAAUAGUCCUCUCGACGGCGCAUUCCCCUACCGAGUGUUUUGCUCACUGCCAACAAAAGAGGAGACUGUCUCCCUCGUACAAGAUUUCAUCGAGGAUUUCAAUAUGCUGUUCCCAAUUUUCCAGCGGUCUGAGCUGCUAUCACUCUUCAAUCAGAAAUGCUUGGACAUGAGAGUUCAAACACCGAGUCAAUGGGCCUGCAUAAAUGCAGUACUAGCAACGGCAUACAUGAUCCGCCCUCUAGACGAGGGGUCUGGGACAGAUCAUCAUCAGAAAAGCUGGCUGUUCAUCCAAAACGCAUUAGAAAUUGUGAAUGAGCUCUGUCUUGGCCCCCCAGACCUAUUAGGCCUCCAAGCGCUUCUACUAUUGGCUACUUUUUUUCUGGGAACAUCGGCUGAAAAUCCUUGUGGUUUUUUAAUCUCCGCUGCUGUUCGCAUUUGUCACGAGCUUGGCUUGGGCCAGACAGAAGAUGGCUCUCCUUUGUGUUUACAAGAGAUCCAGCACAGGCGGACAGUAUUUUGGAUCGCUUACUGCUUAGACCGAGAAUUAUCCCUUCGGUUCUGUGAACCGCCAGCGCAAAGCGAUGAAGACUUCAGUGCGACGUUACCAAUGGAAGCACCAACUGACAGCAAAUAUACUAUGCCAACCAGUGAUCUAUCUGGAAGCUUCAAUGCGUUCCGGUCAAGUUGUCAGCUUGCCAUGAUCAAGGGGCAGCUUUAUAAGGAUCUUUACUCCCCCGCUGCGGAGGAUAGGCCCCUGAGCCAGAUCAUCGCUUCGGCCGGAGUGCUAGACGAGAAGCUCCAGGAGUGGAAACGAAACAUUCCUCUUGAAUAUCAGCCGGAAAAUGCCGGAACCGAUCGCCACCGGUCAAAAAUGUCGCCGGUGUUACUCCUGCUACAUUAUUCGUACUUUCACUGCAUGAUCGCAGUUCACCGUCGUGUUGUCUCCGGGGGACUAAGCAUCGGGACGGAUCUGAUGGAGAAGAAUGACUUUACGAGCUCGCCCGCCUCGUUAUCCAAUCCCAGGGUAUUGUUGUCUACGUCACUCUGCACAAAAGCCGCGAGGGCGUCUAUCAACCUUACAAACUAUUUGUCGCAGGAGAAUAUACCUUUUUUCGGGUCUUUGAUCUAUUACCCAGUGGUUGCGUCAAUAACGCUUUCAUGGAGUAUCAUACGUAACCCUCAAGAUACUCAUCGAGGAUAUAAUUUGAAACUGAUCAGCCGGACGGAGGAUUUUCUGGCCUCUCAAGCUUUCUGCAAAGCCUUUGAGGGGAUACGGCGCCUUGUGAAACAGUGCGCUGAAUACCGCUCCAUCGCGGAAGCUGCGGUGAAGGCCGCAAUGUAG